AUGUCAGAUCCAAGAGAAUCUCCACUUGUUAGAGCAACAUGGACAAUAAAUACUUGUGUAGAUCAGAUUGGAACUUUUUUAUUUGCUUGCUUAAUUAUUGCUACAAUUAAACAAAAACGUUUACACAAUACUUGUCAAAUAUUAAUUGGCAUUUAUGCUUUUUGUUCUCUCCUUUCAAAAAUCCAAAUUAUUUUGCCUUAUUUUGUUUUUAUGUUACCUGGAUCUGGCAAAAUUCCCCGUUUAUUUUGUGCUUUAAUUCAAAUAAUUCCAAUUGGUGGUUGUUUAAAUGUUUUUAGUUUAAUGUUAGUUAUUGGAAUUGACAGAAUGUUAGGGAUAUUUUGCCCUAUUUGGUAUUCAACACGAAGUGACAGAAAUUAUUUAAAAUUAUUAUUUUUCCUUUCUUUAUCAUUUCCCUUUAUAUUUUUAUGUUUUGUAAUUCGUUCAUUAAUACAAGACCCUUUUUUACAAAUCCAAUGUUUCUUUCCUGAUUUGGUUGGAAUUGAUGGACAAAAUUUUUUCGACAUGACACAAUUAUUAUUAAUGUUUAUAACUCUGGGAUGUUAUAUUCUUAUGUUAGCUAAAUUAAUUUAUGAUCAGAAGAAAGGAAAAGGUUGUUCAAUACGUAAAUCUAUAUAUAAAACACUUGCUUUAAUUAUGGGGAUACAAAUUGGUGGAUAUAUUUCUACAUUAAUUGUUUACAAUAUUUUUAAUCAAAUCUCUUCUAAUUUUACUGCAGAACAAUCACAAAUAAUUGGUUGCAUAAUUAAUGUAGCUUCUUCUUUAAGUUCAUCAAUUGAAGUACCGGCUAUUUUUAUUGUUAGUACUGAACAUCGUUUGGCGUUAAAAGAAGAAUUUAAAUGGUUUUUUAAUUUAUUUUCAAAAAAUAAUAAAAAUACUGCAAAAGUAUUUACUUUAACAAAUAAAAAUACAUUAACUGUUAAUACUAAAACAAUUACAAAAACAAACAAUGGAAUUGCUAAUGUUGGAUAG